UCUAACCCCACUCCAGAGGCUGAUAAUGUUAAGUGGCAGCUGAUUUAGAUGGCUUCUGCUUGGCUCAUGUUUCUGGUCUGGAAUUCCCCACCAGAGGAAAUUCUCUCUCUUUCUCUCUCCCACCCCUCUCUUAUCCCUUCCCCCUCCCUCUCACCACCCCAUUUCUCACUCUCCUUCUUCUCUCCUCUUACUCCUUCACUUCUCUUCCCUCUUCUUUUCUGCAUCCCCUCCUACCUUUCCCUUACCCCCUUUUCCCCAUUUACCCCUUCUUCCCCAUCUUUCACCCCUUUCUCUCCCUCUUUCCACCCUUCCCCAGUCCCCUCUUUCCCCGCUUCCAUCUUUCUGUCACUCUCUCUCUCUCUCUACUCUCAGACUAUACCCUCCAGGAAAUGCUUUUGCUGAUCUUUGAGAUUACAUCUUGAAACAGCUCGCUGCCUUUUUCCUUGCUUUGAUCACUUUCUGGUGUAUGUGAAUGUGAAAGCUCUCCCUCUCGUCCAUCUGUAGUUCAUCUGCUGUGUGGGCACUGCUUCUGCUAUGCGGCAUGGUAACAGAGUGGUUAGCACAAUGGGUUACAGCACCAGCACCAGUGAUGGGGGGUUCAGGUCCCCCUGCUCUGGGUAAGGAGUUUAUACAUUCUCCCUGUGACCAUCGAUUCUCUGUUUUCCUCCCACAUUCCAAAGGUUGGGUUUGGGAAGCUGUGAGCAUGCCGUGUUGGGCCAGGACCAUGUCAGCACUUACAGGCUGCCUCUGAGCACUACCUUGGGCCCGUAUUGGUCAUUGCAUCUCACAGUACAUGUGACAAAUAAAGCUAAUUAAUCCCUUUAAAAACUUUUCUAAGCUGCUCCUCUGUGCUUUUGAGCACCGGACUAAUUUGCAGUGGGUGGACAAGGGAGGGGCUUGCAGGCCACUGGGGCAAAUUCACUUGCCGUGCUUGUGUGGCAGAGGAAUUGCUCGCUGGGGCUGCUUGACUCAGUUUGCAGCAGCUCCCGUGUAGAGGCUGCGGCUGUGGGAAGCUAGUAAAAUUAUCUUUGGCCUUUCACUGACAGCACUGACUAAGUAAGUUCCAGUUUACUGUAUGGUGAAACCUUGAGGAGCUGUGCUGCUCACAUACUGGUUUAGUACCUCUUUAAGUAAACAUAUCUGAUUUUGUUUUGAGUCAUUGACAGAAAUGUUAAUUGUGCAACAUUCUGUCCGAUAGACACUGGAGCCACAGAUUGUUCCUCUGCCUCUAGUCACAAGAUCAGGCUGCGAAUUGUUUGAUUUGCCAACAGCUUGUUACAACAUACUCACAUGACUUCUAGACCCAUGUGGCUUGUUCCUAUAAAACAUAAUUCACGCCCCCACCUCCCGCUUAAAUCACUACCAGAGGCCAGGCAAGGGAAUUUAGAGCUUUAGCAACUGUGUGGGGAAAUGAGUGGGACGGGAGGAGGGUGAAAUGUCAAGGGAGUAGGAAUGCAGAAGUGAGCAAUGUUAUAAUUCAGUAAAAGUCUGGCUGGACCCAACUGGAUGCUCCAUAUCCCGAGAUCACUUUCCCCAUGACUACUCACUGCUUCUCAUUGAGGGCUCUGGGAACGUCCUUGGCUGGUGGGGAGAGGUGUUGUCCAAGUGUUAGUACAGGGUAUAGUCUUCUCAGCGUGGUCUGUCCAUCUCCCCUACCAUGGUGGGACAGCCAUUCAUCACCAGCUUAUGCCUGGAGUACCAUCUCCCUGACCCUAAACUUACCCGCUGUAUGUUGAAAGUGUGUUUUACAGAAUCAGAAUUGGGUUUAAUAUCUCUGACAUAUGCCCGUAUAUGUAUGUAGGCCUCCGUUAGUCUCCAUAGACCAUGGAUUUGCGUCUUGGAAGGUUUCCAGGGUGCAAGCCUGGGCAAAGUUUUUUUAAAUGGAAGAUCAUAAGCUGCAAAUGUUGUGGUUUCUCAUGCCCCACAAACGACCAGGAGACGCAGAAGAUUCUUCAAGAAGUAUUAAACUUUAAUUUGCAAAUCAAAGCUGAGACAGUCAUUGAGCUAGUCGCUGAUUGCCCACCGAUCCUUGUACAUAGCAUUUUUUAUAGCAAUCUCCUGGUUUAGUGGCAUUAGCAUAUCCAAUCUGUCUACAGUUGCAUAUCACAAGUACAUCCACCACUAUUGUUUCAACCUAUUGACUUAAUCAUGUUCUAAUCUACAUCUCUUAGCUACCUCUCAUUCACACACCAUUGUCUUCUACAUUCUUAAGAUUUCAUUCUCCUACUAAAUUGGAUACAUGCAUGGCAAUAGCAAACUCAAAGCUGACUAUAUAGUUUUGGUUACACAGCGAACAAUGCAACUUUUAUACUCCAAUACAAGUCUCCCCUCUCCACGCAACCGAUGUUGUCCAAGGGAAGAACAUUAGGGGUAGAAGCUGUUCCUAAAGUGUUGAGUGUGUGCCUUCAGGCUCUGUACCUCCUCUCUGAUAAGAAAGAGAAUGUCCAGGGGGAUGUGGAUCCUCAAUGAUGGAUGCCACCUUUUUGAGUAAUCUCCUUCUCCAGACUGGGGUGGCUAAUGCCCAUGAUUUCUUCCUGUUAAUAGAGUCCGAGUUUGCAACCCUGUGCAGUGGCCCCUUCAUCCCACACAGUAAUACAAUGCUUUCCACAGAACAUCUGUAGAAAUUUACUAGAGUCUUUGGUGACAUUCCAAGUCUCCUUCCUCAAACUAUUAAUGAAAUAGACCCACUGACAUGCUUUCUUUGUAAUUACAUCAAUCUGUUGGGCCCAGAAUAGACCUUCUGGGAUGUUGACACCCAGGCGCUUGAGGCUGCUGAACCUGAUGUGUGUUCUCUUGGCGUUGCUGACAUUGAGCGUAAAGUUGUUGUUGUGAUGCCACUCAGCUAGCUGAUCUGUCUCACUCCUGUACUCCUCCUCACUACCAUCUGAUAAUGUGCCAACAACGGUUGUGUUGCUGGCAUAUUUACAGAAGACCAGACGAGACAGCAACUCUUGGGUCGUUACCUGGCGUGUUCCAGUGGUGACCCCACCAUGGUGCUGGUCUCUGUACUGUGCCUCCUUCCUGUAAACACUGACCCUACAUGGCACAGCUCCUGCCUCAUCCGGGGAAGUUCUUGUGUUGCAGCUGCCUAGCAAAUCUUCCUGCCCCUUCAUUUGCGGUGUCCUUGGAUUCACCCGUAACAGUGCCUUGGCCACCAGCCCUGCCCUGGAGAGGGCUGCUGUCAUCAUCCUGCUCUCACUUGGGAGGAGGAGCAGCAGCUGCCGGUGGGAUCCCGGACACUGAUCCAAUAGGGGCCAGUGCACCCCGUAGUGUGAGUGUUUCCCAAAGCAGUCAAUGCCCAGUGGCAGGAUUCUCAAGAAUACCGUUCCUCUCUCCAUCACUACCCAAUGCCUAUCAACGAGGGAGUCUCAUGGAAACCUAUCAAAUAUUGAAAGGCAUAGAUAGAGGGGAUGAGGAGAGGAUAUUUCCUGUAGUGGGCGAGUCUAGGACCAGAGGGCACGGGCUCAGAAUAAAGGGACCCCAUUUAGAACAGAGGUGAAGAGGAAUUUCGUUAGCCAGAGGGGUUGAAUCUAUGAAAUUCAUUGCUGCAGGCAGUGUGGAGGCCAGGUCAUUGAGUACAUUUAAGGUGGAGGUUGGUAGGUUCUUGAUUCAUCAGCGUGUGAAAGGUUACAGGGAGAUGGAAGGAGACUGGAGUUGAGAGGGUCAGUCAAGAUCAAACGGUGGAGCAGACUUGAUGGGUCAAAUGGCCUAUUUCUGCUCCAAUGUCUUAUUGUCUACCUGUUGCUACCUCUGGGCUGCCUAGAAUGCACCUGAUGGGCCAAAUAGCCUGUUCCCAUUUCAUUGGAUUAGGAAUGCUGAGCAGGUCGAUGCACCGCAGUCGUUUGUAUGUGUCAGACAGCAUAAUUCUCGACCUGCUACUUCCGGUCUGGUAUAAUUCUUUCAAUCCUGCAUUGAUUUUCACAGUGGCUUGACUGAAGGCUUUUAACUGAUUGUUCCUGGAGCUGGACCUUGGCCCAGGUAAACCUGGAGAUCAGAUGACUGGGAGUGGUAGAAACCUGCCAUUGAACAAAGCUGUUUGUGUGGACACAGGUUAAGGUUACAUUGAAUUGUAAAGAAAUGAAAACAAGUCAAGCAUUGUUGAGGAUGACGAUUUGAAUUUCCACACCUCCCCCAAACCCCCAUCCUGAGAGUCAACCCUGAAUAAAAGCCAGGCUGGGGAGUUGUAGGGUCACAGGUUUUAUAAGCCUCCGGUUCCGCCCUGUUGGAGAUGUGAGUCCAGUUCAAGGCACUGCGUCCCAGCCAGAGGGAGGGUGUGGAGGAGGUUAUGUGGAGCAGACACAGGAAUGAGGGAGUUCAUUUCCACAGGGAGACCAGGCAAGCUGGGACUGCUCUUUCCGGUAGGAAGCUUCAGGAGAGAUUUAAUGGAGGUGUUCAAAAACAGGAGAGGCUUUGCUGGAGAAACUGUUCCUUGUGAGACAGAGUUGGUGCUGUGGUGAACUACGUGUGCCUGUCUGGACAAGCCCCCUGCUGACUGUUCCUGUGGCUCCUCCCACAGGCCCCUGUAUAAAGGCGGUCGAGGCCUGAUGCUUGGCCUCAGUCUCCAGGAUGUAGUAUGAUGGUCACUCACUGCUGGUUCCUUCUUCCAGUCAAUACCAUUCCCUUCCAAGUGGAGUGUGACGCCUCCGAUUUCGCUCUGGCUGCUGCCCUCAAUCAGGAAGGCAGGCCAGUAGCAUUCUUUUCUCGUACCCUCCAGGGCUCUGAAAUUUGGCACUCCACGGUGGAGAAAGAAGCCCAGGCCAUAGUGGAGGCUGUUAGGCACUGGAGGCACUAUCUCGCUGGCAAGAGGUUCACCUUGCUGACCAACCAGCGCUCGGUUGCGUUCCUGUUCAGCAACCAACAGCAGGGCAAAAUCAAAAAUGAUAAGAUUUUGCGGUGGAGAAUAGAACUCUCCACCUACAACUAUGACAUCCUGUACCGGCCUGGCAGACUCAAUGAGCCCCCUGAUGCCCUAUCCCCGGGAACAUGUGCUAGCGCACAGCUCGACCAGCUGUAUGCCCUUCAUGCACAACUUUGCCAUCCAGGGGUCACCCGAUUUUACCAUUUCGUGGAAGCCCGGAACCUGCCAUACUCCCUGGAGGACAUCAGGACGAUGACCAGGGACUGCCAAGUCUGCGCUGAGUGCAAACUGCACUUCUACCGUCCUGACACUGUGCAACUUGUCAAGGCCACCCGCCCUUUUGAACGUCUGAGUGUUGACUUUAAGGGCCCCCUUCCCUCCACUGACCGCAAUGUCUAUUUUCUCAAUGUUAUCGACGAGUACUCACUGUUCCCCUUUGCCAUUCCCUGCCCCGACACCACUGGUACGUCUGUCAUAAAAGCCCUGCGCCAGCUCUUCACUCUGUUCGGGUAUCCCUGCUAUAUCCACAGUGAUAGAGGGUCCUCCUUUAUGAGUGACGAGCUGCGCCAGUACCUGCUAGCUAGGGGCAUUGCUACUAGUCGGACCACGAGUUAUAAUCCCCGGGGUAAUGGACAGGUGGAGCGGGAGAAUGCCACGGUGUGGAAGGCCAUACUUUUGCCCAUAAGUCAAAAGGGUUGCCGGUUUCUCAAUGGCAGGAGGUCCUCCCUGAGGCACUCCACUCUAUCUGCUCUCUGUUAUGUACGUCCACCAAUGCCACCCCUCACGAACGCCUAUUCUCUUUUCCCAGGAAGUCUGUCACUGGGACCACCCUACCAGUUUGGGUGACGUCCCCGGGGCCAGUGCUGCUCCGGAAACAUGUGAGGAGUAAUAAAUACUCCCCACUGGUCGAGAGGGCUCACUUACUACAUGCGAACCCCCAGUAUGCCUACGUGGUCUUACCUGAUGGGCGGGAGGACACGGUCUCCAUCCGCGACCUGGUGCAGCAGACCACUACCCUGAAGGCUCUCCGGUAACUAUGAACCCUGUACCCGAGGUGACACCGUGCUCACCAGGCCCUACAUAGACUCCUCACGACACUUAUAUACCGGACGUUUCGCACGCAUUUAUACCAGGCGCCUCGCACAUGCGUGAGGGAUCACUGGCGACUAGUGGGCUGGAACCAGCACAACCUCCAUCUCCUGUGCAAUCACCAAUGUCGCCGGCAUCUGUGCAAUCACAGCCGGUGCUACGUAGAUCGCAGCGACAGAUUCGACCACCUGAUAGACUUGACCUGUAAGAAACUUCGCCACAUGGGGACUCUUUUAAACAAAGGGGGGCGGGUGAAUGUGGUGAACUACGUGUGCCUGUCUGGACAAGCCCCCUGCUGACUGCUCCUGUGGCUCCUCCCACAGGCCCCUGUAUAAAGGCGGUCGAGGCCUGAUGCUCGGCCUCAGUCUCCAGGACGUAGUAUGGUGGUCACUCACUGCUGGUUCCUUCUUCCAGUCAAUAAAAGCCGAUAUCUUGCCUUACGUCUCAGAGUGAGUUAUUGAUGGUACAUCAGGUGCCGAGAAGGCACUGAAGGAAGGGGAACCAGAGAGGGGAGGAAGUUACAAUAAGAUAUUGAUGGGAUGCAGAGCUGGGCUGAGAAGAGGCAGGUGGAGCUCAUCCUAGGAAGAGUGCUAAGUCGAACUUGAAGGCAGAAUGCAGGACCCUUGGCAGAGGGACCUUGGGGUCCACGUCAGAGAUCCCUCAAAGUUGCCGCGUGAGUUGAUCGGGUGAUUAAGAAGACAAAUGGUGAGCCUGUCUUUAUUAGUCGAGGGACUGAGCUCAAGAGUUGUGAGGUGAGGUGACUGCUCUGUCAAACUGGUUAGACACAGUUCUGGUUGUCUCGUUACAGGAAGGACGUGGAAGCUUCAGAGAGGGUGUGGAGGACAUUUACCAGGAUGCUGCCCAGAGUAGAGAGCAUGUCUUAUGUGAAGCUGAGUGAGCUGGGGCUUUUCCCUUUUGAGCAAAAGAGGAUGAGAGGCCGGGAGCAGUUCCACGGUCUGGGCUCCCUGUACUGCCGGGGCGCGGCCGCUGUCAUUCUCACCUAUGACGUGACGAGCCGACAGAGCCUGCGGGAGCUGGAGGACCGCUUCUUGGCGCUGACCGAAUCGGCACAGCCCGGCUGCAUCUUCGCCGUGGCGGGCAACAAGACUGACCUGACGGACGAGCCGGGGGCGGAGGGGGAGGGGGAGGCAGAGCCGCGGCCCCGAGCACAGAAGCAGGUGUCGAGGCAGGACGCCAUCUCGCUGUACAAGCAACUGCUCCUGUACCGCAUGCUGGAAGAGGGCGACCUGCCCGCCGCCGAGACCAUGUGCUUUGAAACCAGCGCCAAGACGGGUCACAAUGUGGACCUGCUCUUCGAGACCGUCCUGGAUCUGGUAGUAGCCAGCAUCGUGAAGAAACCGAAGGAGCCGCCCGAGACCGUGGACCUGGGGCACAGCAGCAAACAGAAGAAGCCGCGAACUGCUUGUUGCACCUAGGACACCCUGUCCCCACCCAAAGGCACAGAGAUGGAGAGUCCCGCACGGAGCCACACUUUGUAAAAUAGUUGUGUUCUGGAACUCAUGGCGUCCCGGGACAGUGCCUCAGGCGGUGUUCUAGUAUACGGCAGGCCUGGAUGGAGACACGUGCAGUGGAGGCCCACGCAUUCUAGAUCCCACUGCCCUAGAACAAGCACAAAUUCUAGAGUGGAUGUAACCAGCCCUGUGCUGGGCUGGGGGGCACCCGAUAGCCUCGAGCUGCCGAAACUGGGAAUAUAGGUGAUCGGGGCCAGUCUAUCUUCAAACACUCAUGUCGUGGGUCCACUGCAUUCUGGAUCACCGGGCAGGAUAUUGAUAGUGCUGGAUUACCUGAGAACAUUGCCCUCCCGAUUUGCCCCUGUGUACUGGACACAGUGGAAGUGAGGCUCCCAUUGGUGGUCCCCGAGUAGCCCAGUCACUAGCGUCAAAGGUUCACGUGAUGGACUCCAUUAGCGGGCAGUUGCUGAUGACGUUGGGAGAACAACAAUCUGGUUCUCCCAUCCAGCUUGCAGCGGGACUGAAAAUGCAGAUGAUCGGAUUAUAAUUUAUUAAAGCAUCUAGCUGUGAAUUAAUUACUUUUAAACUGAAUGUAAUACUUGUACUGUGAUGCCUUAAAUGUGACCAAGUAAUCUUUCCUUAAAGAUUGCCAACACGUCCAUAAACAACUUAUAAGAAUGUCAGUGUUACCAGAUUUGAUCUUUAAAUUCACUGUUGAAUUUACCAGUCUGUGAAAACCAGUGGAACAGCAGGCCUGGCCUUGGAGAGUCCAACAGUGUACUGUCUGUGAACGAUUUCUGCUCAUCUACUCAAACAUUUAUAACUCUUUACAAGGGAACUGGGGCCCAUCGUUACUGUCGCUCUUAUUUAUUUCUGGCUCUUAAUUAUCACAGGGUUUUUCUUGCACUUAGCAGCCUAAAGCAGAUGAAGAGUCUCUGCCCGAUGCUGCCUGACCCGCUGAGUUCCUCCUGUAUCAUAUGUUUGUGCGCGUGUUGCUCCAGAUUUUCAGCAUCUGAGGUCUCGCUUGCAUCAGCAAUAUAAGCUUUUUCCCUCUAUCAGCUGUCCCCAUUUACCCUGUGUUGUUCACAGAAACUCUGUUGGGAUGUAAUUCAGUACUUGCCUUACUGACCAUGGUUUGGAAUAAACGUGCAGAACCUGCA